AUGAAAAAUGGCGAAAAGAGAAAAGCACGUAAUAUAGUCUACCAAGCCGCUCAAAUAAUCGAAAAAAAAACUUCUUUGCCUUUCUUGACCGUUUUUGAAGGGGCACGAACGAAUGCUAAACCGGGCUUGGAAAUGAAAAGUCGGCGGGUUGGAGCCACCAAACAACGGGUUCCGAAAGAAAUUGAUGAUGAACGGGGUGAAAAAAUAUUCUUGCGCUGGAUAGUCGAAGGAGCCAAGGAAAAAAAAACUCCUUAUUCAAUGUCCGAAAAGUUGGCCGAGGAAAUUCACAAUGCUUACAACAAAUCAGGGGAGGCUUACAAGAAAAAAGAGGUUCUCUACAAAGAAGCCGAAUCAGAGAGGCAAACCGUUCCUUUAAGUAAACCAUUAAAUAAAAUCAAUAAUGAAUACUACAAUAGAAUUACGAUUGAGGAGGAGUGGGGAGAGUUAAAAAGUGAAAAAAAAUAUGUUAAUCCUAAUGCUGAGAUUGACAAAAAUGACUGCCAAUUUGUUUCCAUGGAUAUUCUGGCCGAUUUUCAAAGGAUUUUUGGUGAAGAAGAGGAGAAAAUAAAAAUAAUCAAAAGGGGUUUUAAUAACUGA